AUGUCGGGCAUCUUUAAGAAUAAAAAGGAAAAGACAGGCCAACAACAGACGAGAAGUUCUCCUAAUGCCUCUACCAACUGGGGUGAUGAGGAGUACAACAAAAUCAUCGAAGGUGUCAAACGAGUCUACAAGACCAAAAUCAAGCCUUUGGAGGUGACGUACAAUUUCGAAGGUUUUCAUUCUGCUCCCUUGACUGAUUCGGACAUCGAGGCAAAACCCAUGGUCUUGCUGCUUGGUCAAUACUCGACUGGUAAAACUACAUUCAUUCGAUACUUGUUGGAUAAAAAAUAUCCUGGUGAGCAUAUUGGUGUGGAACCUACUACGGACCGCUUUCUUGCUGUCAUGAAUGGUGCUGAGGAUCGCGUUAUCCCAGGUAAUGCAGCUGCUGUCAACCAAGAGCUGCCAUUCCGUGGGUUGAACCACUUUGGACAGGCCUUCUUGUCGAGAUUCCAGGUCUCUCAAACGCCCUCUCCUGUGCUGGAGAACAUGACCAUCAUUGAUACACCCGGCAUUUUAGCUGGCGAUAAACAGCGUAUUGAACGUGGUUAUGAUUUUACUCAAGUGACAGAAUGGUUUGCACAACGUGCCGAUCUGAUCCUGCUGAUGUUUGAUUCCUACAAGCUGGAUAUCUCUAACGAGUUCAAGAUGGCCAUUCACAGUUUGAGAGGACAGGAAGAAAAGAUUCGAGUCGUGUUAAAUAAGAGUGACAUGGUAAGCCAGCAGCAGUUGAUGCGAGUGUACGGUGCCAUGAUGUGGUCUUUGGGCAAGGUCGUGCAAACACCCGAGGUGAUGCGAGUCUAUUUGAGCUCAUUUUGGACCGAGAAGCCUCCCAACUGCUUUGAAGACUGUCGAGAAUUGAUUGAGGCCGAAUCCAAGGAUCUUUUGGUGGAUUUAAAGGAACUGAGAAGAAAUGCAGCAAUUCGAAAAGUCAAUGAAAUUGUCAAGCGAGCUCGUUUGGCUCGAGUACACGCGCUCAUCAUUGGCCAUCUCAAGAAGGAAAUGCCCUCCAUGUUUGGUAAAAAGAAAAAGCAAGAAAAGCUGCUGCAACAUUUGGAUCAAGAGUUUAUCAAGAUCCAAAACAAGUAUCACUUACCAGCUGGUGAUUUCCCCAAUCCAGAGAAAUUCAGACAAAAUCUCGCUUUGUACGAUAUGGACAAGUUCAAGUCCAUCAAGGAGGAUUUGUUGGAGAGAGUGGAUGAAGCACUCGCUGUGGAUCUGCCUAAAUUGAUGUCGCAAUUCCCUACGGGUAAUCCUGAACUGGAGAAAUCGCAGCUGAAUCCAUUCGAUAUGGCACAGGGCAACCCUGAAGUUGUUCACAACGGUCAAUUGCCUCCCUCCUUCUGGGAAUACAGCAACUUGGAUAAAUCCUCCUAUAUGCCAACCUUCCAGAGCCUGCACCCCAGAGAUGGCAUGGUGUCGGGUGCUAACGUCAAGCCCAUCCUCGUGGAAACUGGAUUGCCUAAUGAUAUGCUUGCUGAUAUUUGGCGAUUGGCUGAUUGGGAUAACGAUGGCUAUUUGGAUGCGGAUCAAUUUGGUGUCGCUAUGCAUCUAAUCAAGGCAGUGCAAUUGGGCGCUCAAUUACCUCCCAAGCUACCACCCAGUCUGAUGCCUACUCGUAAAAUCUAA